UUCAGCUACAGUUUUAAAGUUGAUUAGAUUAUUACUAAAGUUGCAUUGUUCAGUCCUAAAUCAGCUGAUAAGAAAAUAUACUGAACAACAAUAUAAACGCAACAUGUGUUCAUGGUCUGAGCUGUUUGAAUGUGACUUACACCAAGAGGAUAUCUGUGCCUUGAAGGGGUCAACAGUGGACAUUACCUGCACGUAUAGACAUCCCAGCUGGCAUAACGUCACAGAAGUAUCCUGGUUCAACAAAUGGGAGUCUGGAGUUACUGCAGAUCUAAGCCAGGACCCAGAAUAUGCAGGUCGUGUGAAGUACCAACCAACUACAGACAAGAACUCCACCCUGAGAAUCACAGACCUGAGAGAGAGUGACUCUGCUGAAUAUAAGUUUAGAUUUACAACAACUGCGGUAAAAUGGGGAUACAGCUUCCCUGGAAUAACUCUGAUUGUCACAGACCUGCAGGUGAAGGAGACUCCUGGCACAGAGGAAGGGAAGGUGACACUGACCUGUAGCACCACCUGUACUCUAACUGACAACCCCACCUACAUCUGGUACAAGAACGGACAACUUCUCACCAACCCAAACACCCAAGAUAACUACCUCUACCUAGACCAAUUCAGCAGUGGGGACGCAGGCAGCUACUCCUGUAGUGUUGUAGGCUACGAGAAUCUCCGUUCUCCUGUUAUGUUCUUUGGGGAGCCAAAGUCUUUGAAGAAUGCAGUUGUAGGAAUCAUAGUGGUUAUUCUAAUUCUCAUACUCUGUCUUUUUGGGUUCAUGUGGUUCAGGAAGAAGGCGUCCAAAUCCACCUCUGACACAAGAGACAGCAGAGACACAGCAGAGAACUUAGGACAGAGAGACUCUAAUCCAGUGUAUGACAACAUCUCAGGCAUGACCAUGGCCCCUAUUGCAGCACAGAGAGCGAUCACAGACGAGCAGGAUGACAUUACCUACGCCAGCAUCCAACACAGAAACCAGGAAGUGCCUCUGGACUCCACCGUCCCACCGUCUCAACCCCAGAAACAGGACGAGGAUUUCCAGUACGCUACUGUGAAAUUCAACAGCCCCAGUGCUGCUCAAUAGACAUUGGGAGGGAUUCAAUCCAAUCAUAGGUUAUAGACAUUGGGAGGGAUUCAAUCCAAUCAUAGGUUAUAGACAUUGGGAGGGAUUCAAUCCAAUCAUAGGUUAUAGACAUUGGGAGGGAUUCAAUCCAAUCAUAGGUUAUAGACAUUGGGAGGGAUUCAAUCCAAUCAUAGGUUAUAGACAUUGGGAAGGAUUCAAUCCAAUCAUAGGUUAUAGACAUUGGGAGGGAUUCAAUCCAAUCAUAGGUUAUAGACAUUGGAAGGGAUUCAAUCCAAUCAUAGGUUAUAGACAUUGGGAGGGAUUCAAUCCAAUCAUAGGUUAUAGACAUUGGGAGGGAUUCAAUCCAAUCAUAGGUUAUAGACAUUGGGAGGGAUUCAAUCCAAUCAUAGGUUAUAGACAUUGGAGGGAUUCAAUAAAAUCAUAGGUUAUAGACAUUGGGAGGGAUCCAAUCCAAUCAUAGGUUAUAGACAUUGGGAGGGAUUCAAUCCAAUCAUAGGUUAUAGACAUUGGGAGGGAUUCAAUCCAAUCAUAGGUUAUAGACAUUGGGAGGGAUUCAAUCCAAUCAUAGGUUAUAGACAUUGGGAGGGAUUCAAUCCAAUCAUAGGUUAUAGACAUUGGGAGGGAUUCAAUCCAAUCAUAGGUUAUAGACAUUGGAAGGGAUUCAAUCCAAUCAUAGGUUAUAGACAUUGGAAGGGAUUCAAUCCAAUCAUAGGUUAUAGACAUUGGGAGGGAUUCAAUCCAAUAAUAGGUUAUAGACAUUGGGAGGGAUUCAAUCCAAUCAUAGGUUAUAGACAUUGGGAGGGAUUCAAUCCAAUCAUAGGUUAUAGACAUUGGGAGGGAUUCAAUCCAAUCAUAGGUUAUAGACAUUGUGGCUUUAAAUGUAAUUCUUUUUUUUUAAAUGCUUUUGGAAAUUGCUAUAUAAUUCCUCAAUUCGAAUGUCUUUGAUUUCGACUUGAACUAUCUAUUUAAAUUAAAGUACGGGCCAAACUGUUCAGUCCAUAUUCUACUGUUCUAUUAUGGUCAGAAGGGAUAAAAAUGGUUCAUUUUUUACAGUAA